CCUCCCCUUGACUUCCCCUCCCUCCCCCUCUACUCGUCUUCUUCUCCCCCUCCUCUUCCCCUUGUCUCCUCCGCGAGCCAUCCUCGGUUUCUCGUCUCCUCCCCAGUUCCUCCUUGACUCGGAGCAAGAGAGGGGAGGAGAGGAGGAUGGGGAAUAUCUGCGGCGGCGCGGGGCGGGCUCACGUGGCGGCGGACUACAGGCCGUCCAGCCCAGGGGCGACGACCUUCAAGACGAGCGGCAGCGUAACAACCAGCAACAGCACCACGGGGAAGCUCUCCACCGGGAGCAGCGGCUUCAUGGCCUCCUCUACCGGCAGCGUCGGCACGAACGGCGGGUUCGACGAGGGCGGGUUCCUCGAGGGCCAGAUCCUGGAGGCGCCAAACCUCCGGACGUUCACGUUCCUUGAGCUCCGGACGGCUACCAAGAACUUCAGGCCGGACAGUGUGCUUGGGGAGGGUGGUUUUGGGAGGGUGUACAAGGGGUGGGUGGACGAGAAGACGAUGAACCCGGCCAAGAGUGGCACUGGCAUGGUGGUUGCUGUCAAGAAGCUCAACUCGGAGAGCUUGCAGGGAUAUGAGGAAUGGCAGUCAGAAAUAAACUUUUUGGGAAGGCUCUCGCACCCGAACCUUGUCAAGCUAUUGGGGUACUGCUGGGAGGACAAGGAACUAUUACUAGUGUACGAGUUCAUGGCCAAAGGGAGCUUGGAAAACCAUCUUUUCCGAAGAGGAUGUGCUCCAUUAUCAUGGGAACUGAGGUUGAAGAUAGCCAUUGGCGCAGCUCGAGGACUUGCAUUCUUGCAUGCAUCAGAAAAGCAAGUUAUCUACCGUGAUUUCAAGGCUUCCAAUAUUCUUCUAGAUGCAAAUUACAACGCGAAGCUCUCUGAUUUUGGUCUUGCCAAGCUUGGACCGACUGGUAGCAACUCGCAUAUCACGACGAGGGUCAUGGGCACCUAUGGAUACGCAGCUCCUGAAUAUGUAGCCACCGGUCAUUUAUAUGUCAAGAGUGAUGUAUACGGUUUCGGAGUUGUGAUGCUGGAGAUGCUGUCCGGCCAGCGAGCGUUGGACCCCAAUCGUCCCAACGGACAGCUUAGUCUUGUUGACUGGGCGAAGCCCUACUUGGCUGACCGGAGAAAACUGGCCCGUCUCAUGGACCCCCGGUUUGAGGGCCAGUACAACUCCAAACAAGCCCUCCAGUCGGCACAGCUGACGUUGAACUGCCUUGCUGGCGAACCCAGGAGUAGACCCUCGAUGAAGGAGGUCCUUGAGACGCUCGAGCAGAUCGAGGCGAUGAAGAGCCGGACAAGGGAGGCAAGAGGAGGGAGUGGGACGUCGUCACGGGACCGCACCCACGGCCACUCUGCAGUGCACCAGCGGUCGUCGCCACGCGGAGGCAGCGAUGGGCGCCGCGGUUCGAGGGCCAGCAACGGCCAUGCCACCAAGGCGCGGUGAUCCCUGGCCGGCUGUCGGAGCUGAUGAUGAUGAUGAUGAUGGCAUUCUUUCUGUACAUGGCCUAAUUAAAUUAAUUUUUAUCUGAGCUUGUGUUGGACCACGGUGUGUGUAGACUGUAGCAAAAAUGGAAAUCAGAGAUGUCUUGUAAUUGUAUAUUGUGAAGAUCUAGAAAUAGCAGAGGCAAUAAUUCUUCCAUGUUC